AUGUGCUUCCAGAAGAACGUCCCGACUGAACUCACCGAUAUGGCUUUGUUCACUCACAGUACCGACGAUCAUUCCACCGAGGAACAAUCAGACUCUACCCUCGAUUGGGACAUCCGCGAUCAGGAGCAGGCUAAGCUGAAUGAUGGGACGACAUCUUCACCUACCCAUGCCUUGGAAUCGCACAACAAGCUACUAGAUCGUCAGAUACAGAUGCUCCGUAAUCAUGCCACACAGCUGGAGCACGCCAAUCAGGCACUCACAGACAGCCUUGCCUCGAAGGAGCAGAUUUUGGAAGCUAAAAAUUGCCGAAUCAAGCGCAUGCGCCACAAGUAUGAGUUAAAGCAGGCACAGGUCGGUCGAAUGGAGAAAAUUCACCAAAGCUUUGUACAUCGCAAUUCAGACAAGCACCAGGCUCUCACCAAGCUCGAGAAGAAGUUCAAGAAGAUCCAUGACGAGCAUGAGAAAUUCAAGCGUGACGCCGCUGAGCUCAUUGUGGCAGCCACCAAACAGCUGGAGGCUCAGGUGCUGACGCGAAAUCCGAUGAUCCGAGCUCACGGCAUGGUGAAGUACAACGAGGGCUAUCUUGAUGGCGGGGGAUUUCUCGGCCAGCACGUCCAGCAGGAUGCUGAAGACGACAUCACUGAUGCACGUGCCAAUGAACGACAGGCUAGCAGAGCUCUGAACGAUCGUAUUUUAGAGCUCUUUGACUUCUUUGGCAUCGAUAUCGUCCCAACACCUUAG